CUAUAUUCCAUUCUCCCGUCGCUUCACUAUCUUGAGUCCUAAAAGUGAGACAGAGACACUCAAAUCAAAUGCUAACUGUGUUGUGGUUGUUGCUGUGCUAGCAAGCACCACACUGUAAUCCUGGUUUGAAGGUUAUGUCCCUAAAUCAACCAAAUAAGGGCCUGGUAUUCGUCUGUGUUGGAACUCGCAGCUAUUGAAAACAGAGAAGAUUUGUCCAAAGAGCAUGAAAAGUAACGAGAAAAUGUCCCAUUCUUCCAACAAUUUUGAAGAAGAUAAAUUAAAUGGAAAUUUGUUACCUUUUAGAGGAACAAUUAAAUCAAUGAUUAGUAAAAAGUCUACCCAGCCGAUCAAAUCCUUAAAACAAACUGAAAGAGACGUUCAGAAUAAAUUAAAACUUAAGGAUAAGAAAAGACACAUUGAUAAUAGUAGCGAAGAUUCAAAGAAUAAGCAAUCGAAGUAUGAUCCAACUGAAUUAAUGAACAAACUUGAAGAGUUCAGCAACGUUUGGAACGAUUAUCCAACUGUCAAUACAGAAAAUAACGUUUCUGGUCAUUGGUUCAAAGGUAACGUCGAUCGGCAAGUGCGGAACAGCAGUGAAGAGAAUGAGAAAAAAAUUAGAGAAAACUUUAAAACCCAUAAAGAUAAAAGCUAUUCUCAGAUUCUGUUUGAAAGAAAGAAGACUAAUGAAGGAAAUGUACGACAUCCUAAUUCUAAAAAUGAUAACAUUAGACAAUAUUCACCAGAAAAUAAGACAAAAGAUUCUGAAGAAAGAGAAAAAGAUGAAUCCAGCAGCGUAGCACAAGUGGAUAAAAAUUCAAUAGAGAAGUAUGAUUCAAAGCUUGCUGAUUUAAAACGGAAAAAAGCAGUACAAGAACAGAGACAACUUCUCAUUGAAAAAAAGAAUAUAAUAAAACAAGCAUUAUCAAUGGAUGGAAAGAACAAAAUAAAUAAGAAAAUUAUAUUCAAUGAUCCUGAAGAGUCUGAAGAAAGACAUCAACAACAAAAAAACAAUUUUGAACCAGAUGAAAACAAAACGAAAGGCCGUCAAAAGUUGUUUGAGGAUGAUGAUUCUGAAUUUGAAUCCGACUUCAAAUUAAAUCACCAAUUUGAAGGCAAAAAGGGUCAAAAGUUACUGGAGCUUCAAUCUAGAUUUGCGAGUGAUUCCAGAUUCACUUUGGACAAAAGAUUUUAUGAAAGCAACUCAGAAGAGAGUGAACAUGAAGGAGAUGGAGAGUCAUCUCUUUCUGAUGAAAAGAAAAAACAAUUGGCAAUCCUGGAAAGCAUUGUAAAUCAGCAAAUAAAACCUCUUUCAGAAAUUAAGAAAGCACGGAAGAAUGCGGAGGAGACUUUUAUGGUAAGAUUCGACCCGAGUAGAGAAGACCAUGAGAAGUAUAUUGUGAAACCACAGGAAGAAACGAAAGAUGAAGAUAUUGUUAGGAAGAAGAAGAAAACAAGGGAAGACGAAAGUGGGGAAUCAACAAAUGUGCAAAGUAAAAGUGAAGUUUCAAAUGAAAAGUUUUACACAGUAAAAGAGGAUUUGAAAGAAACAUUGAAAAAUGAAGGUGGAACUGGUUUCAGUCUCUUGAGACUUUUUGGUUCUAAAGAAGAACCACAGGAGUCCGACAACAAACCAGAAGAUAAUCGCAGUAGGCCUAUAAAGAAAUUAAAUCCUAAAGCAAAAAAUCCAUUUAAGUACGACUCCAGUGACUCUGAACUGGAGCAGGAAGAGCCAGAAAAAAGAGAAGAUAAACCUCCAGUAAUUUCCUGGAAAACUACAUUCUUUUUUACUGAUAGUGAUACAAGAUUGCAAGAAGCUUUUGAAUUUUUAAAAAUUCCUGAUGAGACGGGAGACAUUGAAGUUUAUACAGAGAAAAGGAAAAUGUUGAAGAACUUCAUCAGGCACAAGGUUAAAAACAAUAACAGGAAGAAAAUUCACUUCAAGAAAAAACUUGGUGGUUUGAAGAAGACAUUCAAAACAAAAUUAAAAUGAACAGUGACAGCCAUGCUUUCUAUUCUAGCCUAGAAAUUAUUCAGCUGUAAUUAUCAAAUUAUUUAUUAUAAAUGUCAAUGGGUCCA